UGUUUAAUGUGUUAUAUGCACAAAGUAAUCUUAUUUCUAUUUAUUUAUUUUAUUCAGAGUCUGGAGCCUCUUCCAGUGAGUGGGUCUGAUUUUGGUGCUUUAGGAGAUGAACCAGAACUAGUUGAAGUUGAACCUGAAGCCAAGCAGGAAGUCCUUGAAAACAAAAAUGUGGUGGUUCAACAUGUACAUUUUGAUGGACUUGGAAGGACUAAAGAUGACAUUAUCAUGUAUGAAAUUGGUGACCUUUUCAAGGCUAAAAAUCUCAUUGAUGUAAUGAGAAAAUCGCAUGAAGCUCGUGAAAAGUUGCUGCGUCUAGGAAUUUUUAGACAGGUGGAAGUUCUGAUUGAUACAUGUCAAGGAGAUGAUGCCCUUCCAAAUGGCUUAGAUGUAACAUUUGAAGUGACAGAAUUGAGACGACUAACUGGAAGUUAUAACACUAUGGUUGGCAAUAAUGAAGGCAGUAUGGUGCUUGGGCUCAAAUUUCCUAAUCUCUUUGGACGUGCAGAGAAAGUGACCUUCCAGUUUUCCUAUGGAACAAAGGAAACUUCAUAUGGCCUGUCAUUCUUCAAACCACAACCUGGAAACUUUGAAAGAAAUUUUUCAGUUAACAUGUAUAAAGUAACUGGGCAGUUUCCUUGGAGCUCCCUUCGUGAGACUGACAGGGGAAUAUCCACAGAAUUUAAUUUUCCCAUAUGGAAGACCAAUCACACAUUGAAGUGGGAAGGUGUUUGGAGAGAGCUUGGCUCACUUGCAAGAACAGCGUCCUUUUCUGUUCGAGAAGAAAGUGGACAUUCUCUUAAAUCUUCUCUCUCUCAUGCCAUGGUAAUCGAUUCUCGGAACUCUUCAAUCUUGCCAAGACGAGGUGCUUUGCUGAAAAUUAAUCAGGAGCUAGCUGGCUACUCAGGUGGCGAUGUGGCCUUUCUAAAAGAGGACUUCGAGCUUCAACUGAAUAAGAAACUUUUAUGGGAUUCAGUUUUUUCAGCAUCUCUCUGGGGUGGAAUGUUGGUUCCUCUAGGAGAUAAGCCCUCCAGUAUUGCUGAUAGGUUUUAUCUUGGUGGACCAACAAGUGUGCGUGGAUUCAGUAUGUACAGCAUUGGACCUCAAAGCGAAGGUGAUUACUUGGGAGGAGAAGCCUAUUGGGCUGGAGGCCUGCAUAUGUACACACCUCUCCCUUUCCGGCCAGGUCGUGGGGGAUUUGGAGACCUCUUUAGAACACACUUUUUCCUCAAUGCUGGAAACCUCUGCAAUCUUAACUAUGGUGAAGGUCCCAAAGCUCAUCUCCGGAAGCUGGCUGAGUUCAUCCGAUGGUCUUAUGGUGCUGGAAUAGUGCUCAGACUUGGAAACAUUGCUAGAUUGGAACUUAACUACUGUUUCCCUAUGGGAGUACAGAGUGGUGACAGGAUAUGUGAUGGUGUCCAGUUUGGAGCUGGAAUAAGAUUCCUGUAAUAUUACAGAAACACUUCAUGCUGCUGUCAAAAAAGAGAGCACUUGAUUAAACUAUGGCACUCUUGUGAUUCCAGCUUUUUUCUUGAAGUAUAAAUAUGCCUUUUGAGUGAUUAAUCUCUCAGACUUCACAGGAAACUACAUUAAAAUUAUGUUGGAAAGAUGCAGUGUACCUCUGAUUUUUAUCAAAGACAGACGGACUUUUUCAUGGAAUUUUAAACCUAUUUUAACUUUUACUGAUGCUGAUCCUUACAAUAAAACAA